AUGUUUGCUCGGCUUUUGUUCUCACUUCUCACAUUUGCAGAUCUUAAAAUUUUCGAUGAGUCAGGUGGUGUAGAGCUUUUGAAGCACUCCGAAAGUCACUUCACAAGGUCGCUUUCGACCAUGCUUCUCGAUAGUUCAAACGAUCAAGUGCGCGUGCCAAAUGUGAUAGCUUUGGUUGGUCUUCCCGCAAGGGGUAAGACUUACAUUUCGCACAAGCUGUGCCGCUAUUUGAAUUGGAUCGGUAUAAAAACUAGAGCGUUCAACGUAGGCGAAUAUCGUCGAAAGGCAUGCAAGGAUGGGGAAUUCGAUUUUUUCAGUCCUUACAAUGUGAAGGGGACUAAGAUUAGGGAUGAAUGUGCUCGUUUGGCUAUCGAGGACAUGGGAAGGUAUCUGGAAGCCAAGGAUGGAGAAGUUGCGAUAUUGGAUGCCACUCAACACAACUAG